CAUUGGCUGAGGGUUUUAAUAAAUUUAUUUCUCGUUGGUUAGAUGGUUAUUGUUUGCUUUUUUAAACUCAGUUAGAACUCUGGAACCUAUUAUGGCUGCUGUUAUUGGAAUAGGUUUGCGUGGUUUGUGUGGCUUACGCCAAACUGUAGGUCGUCAAGUCGCUGUUGGGACAUGGCUCCACAGUCAAAAGCUAUCCACUUCACCUAUCUCAGGUCAGGCUACAGGAUCACCGAAGAUUUACGAGAUGCGCACGUACUACGUGAAACCUAAAGCUUUUGCUGAGUUCAUGCAGUUAACAUAUGAUUACAUACAUCUAAAGGCUGACAGUAAUUCAAAAUUGAAUGGCUACUGGACAAGUGAUAUUGGUGGGCUAAAUGAGGUCACACACAUUUGGGAAUAUGACAGCUACACAGAGAAGAUGGAGGCACAAAAAUCUCUUUUGCAAGAUGAAACCUGGGUCAAUAACUACAGAAAGAAAAUACUAAAGAUGUUGGUUAAGCAGGAUAACCUGGUGAUGAAUCCUUUCCCUUGGUUUGAUGUGAAACCACCACUUUCAAUAGGGGGUGUUUAUGAACUACGCAUGUAUGAUUUAAUCCUUGGAAAAAAAGAGCAGUGGGAACACAGGUUCAUUCAGGGAUUUUUUGAGAGAUGCAAGCUCUCUGAACCUGUUGGUGUCUGGUUUACAGAAUUUGGUCCUAUAAACAGAGUUGUCAUGUUGUGGCCCUACCAAAGCCUUGAUGAUCGUACUAAGAUACGUAAGGAAGCACAAGGACUUGAGGAAUGGGUUGAAGCAAUACGAGACUGCUCUUCCUUUUUAGCGAAAGGAGAUAACAAAGUUCUUGUUCCAACUGAGUUCUCUCCAUGGAAGUAACAGACAGGUCUAGCCUGAAGCUAAAAGCUGACGAAGGUAGAAAGUUGCCUGAAUGAAUGGUUCAGUAAAAAAAUUGUAUUGCAUGGUAACUCUUGGAUGGCGUACAAACUCCCAAGAAAAUAAAAGUCUUGACCGACUAGGAUAUUUUUGAAAA